AUGCUUGUGAAAUGUGGAAUAUUACAGUCUUUCUUCACGGCAAGCUUCGAUAAUGCCGAAAGUUCUUGUAAAAUGAAAGGAGGGCAUUUGGUUUCCAUACACAGCCAUGAAGAAAAUCUUUUUGUAGCAGCGUUGGCAAAAACGGGUAAACCGUGGUCAAAGCUUACGGAUUACUCAUGGAUAGGUCUAAAACAAGCGGAUUAUCCAAAAAACAAGGAAUGGACCUGGACUGACGGCACGAAAGUCGAUUUUCUAACCUUUGCUAGCAAUCAGCCUGAUAACUAUCAAGGAAGGGAGCACUGCACGGAGGUUUGGUUUGAACAAAACUUUUUGAGGCACCAAAUUGCUUUCCACUAUCAGCGUUGA